GGGUCAUUGAGUCUCGUUACCAGCCGAGCACAGUUAGCAUGUAGCAGGAUGAGCUAACGUUGUUUCUGGGCGGGUUAAAGGUCUGCUGGUCCGUCCUGGUCCCGGUGUGUGGUCCCGGUCCGGUCCUUGGGUGUGUCUAAAAUGUCCGGGUUCUUGGAUUUGAAAGAUAUGCUCCUGACAGGACAAACAACAAGAUCUGGAGAAGAAGAGGAGCUCCACCGACCAAGAAAAACUGGGCUGGAUGAUGAUGGAAUCAGAACACCUGAGCUGAUCCACAUGACCACAGCAGGUCUGGGUUCAGGGUCUUCAGGGGGACUUUCUGAUGGUUCGGGUCUCAGAGAGUUCAGGUUUUCUGGACUCUCAGGUGCUAAAGUACCUGGUCUAUAACAUGAUCAGAGGAGAGAGACAGAGAGAGAGAAAGAAGGAAAGAGAGAGAUAAAGAAGGACAGAGAGGGAGAGAGAGGAGAGACUGAUAGGGACUGUUCUCACAGGAAUAAACAAGUUUGUAUUUCCGUAAACUAAAUUUCAUUUCUUCUGAAUUCUUUAAACGUGACAGAAAAGAGAGCUCCUCUGAAAUGUGAAAUUUCAGGUAUUUUAUUUUGAAGUUUUUAUAUUCAUUUCCUGUUUUACAUAAAACUAUACCUCUACAUUAUACUCAUAGAUUCACACCAAAAACUUCACAUUUCAGACAAGACUCCUCAAUAAUCUCAUUGAUUCCCGCUCUCGUUUUUUUGGGGGGGAGGGGGGGUUCUGGUUCAGUGGGUCUUUGUUCAUGUUCAGUCUUCAGAAAGGCUUUUAUUUUGAAAGGUUAUUGUAGCACAGACUCCUGUCUGAUCAGCUCAGCUGCCUCGCUUAAAGGACUGAGGAAGAGCUCAAUGACAAACGUCUCAUAGAGUAGACCAGUAAGACUUGUUCUUUCCCAGAAUGUUAGUGGACCACGUAGACCAGGUCCUGGGUGUCCAACGUGACCUGCUGACCUCGACUCUUCACAGAUACAAGAUGGAGAAAGGUUCUGUGAUGUCAAACAAGAAAGGCCAGAAGUGAUCAAUAAAUGAUAGAAGAAAGGAUUGAUUGAUCUCUGAGGUUCACUUAAACAUGAACUUGUCUUUCCUUCCGUGUCUCAUCGUGUCCCUUUGUGUCUCUCCUGCAGACGUUCAGCAGCUGUCUGGGGUUAAAGAAGAACCUCCCGACCAGCAGGACCCAGCAGAACCAGAACCCCCCCACAUUAAAGAGGAAGAGGAGGAAGUUUGGAACAGUCAGGAGGAAGAGCAGCUUCAAGGACUGGAGGAGGCUGAUACCAGCAAGUUCUCCUUCAUUCCUGUCUGUGUGAAGAGUGAAAAUGAUGAAGAGGAACCUCAGUCCUCACAGAUGGAACCAGGAACUGAUGGAAAGGACUGUGGAGGACCAGAACCAGACAGGAACUCAGACACUGAACGAUCUGUAGAAGAAGAGAUUAAGGUGAAGAUUGGAGAAUCUUCUGGAGAGGACUGUGGAGAACCCGAUCCACAGAGUUCUUUACAAGCAGAGAUUGAAGUGGAGAUCGAGGACUCUUCUGGACCUGAGACUGAUGACAGUGAUGAAGAUGAAGAGGAGGAUGAUGAUGAUGAUGACAACGAUUGGAAGGAGAUUAGAGAUCAUCAGCCUGGUUUCAGCGCUCCCAAAAACAGCGGGGAGAAGAAACCGAAGAUGGAGCGUAAAUCUCACUGCUGCUCUCUUUGUGGGAAAACCUUCAGGAAAACCGAAAGUCUGAGCCGACACAUGUCAGUUCACUCAGGGGAGAAACCGUUCAGCUGCUCUCUGUGUGAAAAACGAUUCACUCAAAAGGGAAAUCUAACCAAACAUGAAACUGUUCACAAGGAGGAGAAACCAUUCAGCUGCUCUGUGUGUGGUAAAAGAUACACCCAGAAGGGAAGCAUGAUGGUUCACAUGAGACUUCACACAGGGGAGAAACCGUAUGGCUGCUCUGUAUGCGGGGAGAGAUUUCGUGUAAAGGAGAGUCUGACUGUUCACAUGUCUGUUCACACAGGAGAGACACCGUUCUGCUGCUCUGUCUGCGGGAAAGGAUUUACCAGGAAGGUCAAUCUGACCCAACACAUGCGCAUCCACAGUGGAGAGAAACCGUUCAGCUGCUCUGUGUGUAGUAAAAAAUUUACAGGACAGGGGAGUCUAACCGCACACAUGAGACUUCACACAGGAGAGAAGCCCUUCAGGUGCUCUGUAUGUGGGAAAAGUUUUACCCAAAAAGGGAACAUGACCUAUCACAUGUCACUGCACACAGGAGAGAAACCAUACGGCUGCUCCAUAUGCAGUCAAAGGUUUAUUGAGAAGAAAAGACUGACUGUUCACAUGAGACAUCACACAGGGGAGAAACCAUACAUUUGCUCUGAGUGUGGGAAAAGAUUUACUCAGAAAGUAUCGCUGACUCAUCACAUGCCGGUUCACAGAACAGAGACGACCGUCAUCGUCGGGAAGGUCCUGAUCCCAAUUCCAACUGUCCAAUCAGAGCCGAAGAAACCAUCUUGACGUUAACAGGAGAUUGUCAGUCUUAGCAGAUCGUCUCACCUGAUAGUUUACGUCAACUUUCAUCAAGAACGAUUUACGCAGAACUCCAAUGUGUGAAAUAAUCUUAACUUUAUUGUGUAACAUAGGGCUCAUGUUAGCUCUGUGGAAGUAUUUUAGAGUAGAAUUGAAAUCCAGUGGGGCAUUAGUGGUAGAGUUGUACUCAGUACUUACAUUGAAAAUAAAACCUGCAUAAGAAGAAGACAGGUCUCACUGAAGCUGAGUUACAGGAAGGAAGACUAAAAACCAGGUAACCACAAACAUCACGCCAAAGCCAAAACUUUCAGGUACUUCAGACACUUAAACCCUCGGUCAGACUUCUGUUAGGACACUGUUAUGGUAGUCUGUUGGGUUUUUAUGGAGGUUCCUCGAGGAGGAGAAGAUCAAACCAGGAGGUGAGAGGACUGAGAGAAACCGCUGAACCUUUGACAGAGUUUCUUCAGCGUUGUUCAAACUGCUCAACAAGGUGCUGGUGUCGCUGCUCCAACAGACCAAUCAUAGAUAGGUUUGGGUGCGACUGGUCACCAAGGUAACCAGAAAAAACUGUUGAUUGUCAUGUGACCAUCAUUGAUACAGAGAGAGGUUGAUUUUCUGACGGUUCUGUGUUAGUCAGCUCUGAAGCAUCAGGAUCCAUGUAGCAUCACAAGAGAGUUGGAGGUGGAGGACAAAAUCUUUUUCACUUAAUGUCGAUGUUUCUAUUCUUUCAAAAUAAAACAGUUGAUUGAUUCAUAUUUAUAUAAAAAACAACUCUUCUCUCGCCCACCCUAGGUGGUAUUGUGUCUUUUCAAGCUCAGGUACUCUACCAGAGGCCUGGGAGCUUGAGGGUCCUGUGCAGUAGCCUUGCUGUUCCUAGGACUGCACUCUUCUGGACUGAGAUGUCUGAUGUUUCCCCAGGGAUCUGUUGGAGCCACUUCUACAGUGUGGGGGGUACUGCCCAGAGUGCCCCAAUGACCACAGGCACCACUGUUGCCUUCACCUUUCUCUAUCUCCUCUUUGGGCCCAUGGUACUUCUCUAGUUUCCCAUGUUCCUUCUUUCUGAUGUUGGUAUCUCUCGGGAUGGCGACAUCUACCACAACGGCUUUCCUCUGCUGUUUGUGUACGAUUACGAUGUCCAGUUGGUUGGCCAUUACCAUUUUGUCAGUCUGUAUCUGGACGUCCCACAGGAUCUUGGCUCGGUCAUUCUCCAUCACCUUGGGAGGUUCUUCCCAUUUUGACCUCGGGGUUUCCAGUCCAUAUUCUGCACAGAUGUUUCUGUACACUAUACCAGCAACUUGGUUAUGGCGUUCCAUGUAUUCUUUUCCUGCCAGCAUCUUACAUCCUGCUGUUGGGUGUUGGACUGUUUCAGGGCCCUCUUUGCACAGCCUGCACCUGGGAUCUUGCCUGGUAUGGUAGAUCUGGGCCAUAGCGGCUGGUAUAGCUCAGCGGGUAGGGCAUCCGGUAACCAACUGGGCGGUUGGGGUACGAAUUCCGCAUGCGACACAUCUGUAAAGGGCGAACUACACCUAAAAGUGUGGGUCCUUAGGCAAGACCUUUAGCGCUUUGGCCUACCUCAUAAACAUGAGUGCAAUACCAGUGAAAGCCAAACCAGCUCAGACAUCGCCUGGGUUAACAAGGUCUGCGUCACAUGCUGAGGAACCAGGGCAUUGUGAUAACAGAUGGGCUACUGGAACAACAAAGGCAAUGGACACAAGUUGAGAACAAGGCUCUGUUGGAAUGCUACUACUCCAGUAUAUAUGGAGAGAGAGAGAGGCCCAGAUCUACCAUACCAGGUAAAGUCCCAGGUGCAGGCUGUGCAAAGAAGGCCCUGAAACAGUCCAACACCUAACAGCAGGAUGUAAGAUGCUGGCAGGAAAAGAAUACAUGGAAUGCCAUAACCAAGUAGGCGGUAUAGUGUACAUGAGCAUCUGUGCAGAAUAUGGACUGGAAACCCCGAGGUCAAAAUGGGAAGAACCUCCCAAGGUGAUGGAGAAUGACCGAGCCAAGAUCCUGUGGGACUUACAGAUACAGACCGACAAAAUGGUAAUGGCCAACCAACCAGACAUUGUAAAACACUACUGUGUGAGCAAAAAGCUAAUUUCUACUGCAGUUAUUUCACCUCAGCUUCAUUAUUUCACAAAUGUACCUGGAGCUGAUGACAUCGAUGAAGUUGUUUUUUUUUUUUAUUAUUACUGUUAAUAAACUCUCCUUAAAUACCUGCAUGUCUGUGUCGAUUCCUCUGAGCAGAGAAAAAGAAAAGAGGGACACGUUUAAAAAACUUUGAAACUAAACUUUGACAGAAAACAGGAAGGACCUAAUGUGUUGAAGGUGAACAUUUUGAUGAUGUCAACAUGAGCGUCUGUUUCACCUGAAGACGCUCUGAUCAGAGGAUUAAAACUUGAACUAUGGUGAGUUUUUUACCAUUUUAAUUAAAACUUUGAUGUCGCUAAAGUUCUUGUGUUUCAGUCGCUCUUCCCUCAUUCAAAUCCUCGUAGAGUUUUCAGUCAUGUUUGCCGUUGGUCAGUGAAUGGAGAAGAGAGUAAAACCAAAGAUAACUAAAAUAAAACAUUGAAUCUGGUUACAGGAAGAAAGCCGAAUUAAAGAUUAUAGGUUAAUUUUUAAAGUCGCUAAUUUUUUUCCGUCACAUUAUUAUUUUUGAGCAGAUUCAAGACGUUUCUUAGACUCGUGCUAAACUGCAAUGAGAUUUGGUUACCUCUGAACUCCGUUGUAGCGCCGUGAUUUAUGUUUAUGUUGUUACUGCCUGGCUGAAGGCAGAUAACAAGAAGGGAGGCAACACACAACAAUAACCAUUAACCAAGAUAUUUUAUUUAACAAAAAUGAUCAUCAAUCAGUAUGAGGCGUCAGGAUUAAGAUCAGUAGUGUCAGCAAGUGUUGGAUGUGUGAGCAUGUGUGUGGUGGAUGUUGUAAGAUGAACAAACCCAAAAUGGUGGUGGCUGGUGUGGUAGAUGCAGGCCCUGCUGUGAGAGAGAGCUACAGCAUUUCAGCCAGGCCUUUUAUGCUUUCUGGCCCUGCCCUGUUGGGCAGGUAACUCAGCCCCUCCCAGCUCCACCCUCCACCAUCUCCCUGAGGCUGCAACACAGAGCAGAAUCAGACACAUGCAAGGGGAGAAAGCAGAGGAGGAGCGGAGGGGUUGUCACAAUGUCAUCGAUCUCUGCUUGAGUCUUAAUGAUAACUAUUUGAUUUGAAAGUAUUUGAAGUGCACUAACUGAUUAUCUAUUGACUUGAAUUAUUGAUUAUUAUUAACUUUACUGAAACCUUUAGGUUAUUGUUGGUGAAAUUACUUUAAUUACUGUUUAGUGUGUAUUUAUUUAUGAUGCAUUCAUUGAUAAGAUUUUGAUUGAUUGAAUAUUGAAUAUUUAGUGAUAUGUAAUGCUCGUGUGUUUGUACAGACAUUGAAUCUCUGUUGGUUUACUUUAAAAAUAGUGACUAAAUGACUUUUGGUUAAAAUUAUUUUAUUUAUGUUUUGGUUUUUGUAGGUCAGGAUGUCUCAUCUCAACCAUCAACUCCACUAGAUGGCUGACCCGAACUAGAAAGUGUGGUAGGACAAAACCAUCUGUUGGAGUUCCUGCAUCACUCAGGAACAAAUUUUGGAUUUAUGGUGUUUGUUUUUUGUUUUUUUUUGUCCCUGUGUGAAAUGAUUUAGCUUCCCAACAGUUCCUGGACUUGAACUCACCGUUCAUCUGAAUACAAAACACCAAACCUCUCUCUAUUUGUCUGUUGCCUCAUUCACUCACACCUUGGGCUCCUUAAAGACCAGGUUUUCAGAUGAAGCAAACAGCCGUAGUCAAAAUGCCGAACCCAAAUUAUCGUUACACAUGGUGCGGAUCGAACUGUCCUCAUACUGUGACCCCUGAACACAUCGGUGGUUAACCAUUAUCACAUGACCCUGGAGUUUGUUCGCAGCAAGUUUAACACCAACAUGAGUCUCUGCUGCCCUCUGCUGGCAGGUUGAGCCUCGGCUGAGCACAAACAAACAUCACCAAGUAUCAUUUAAAGGACUCAUUCAGUCUGAGAAGAAAUUAUCAUUCAGAGAGUAAUAAGAGAUAUGGAGGUGACAGGUUUUUAAUGUCAUUUUGAGCAUGAACAAGAACCAAGAGAUGAAGAUGAACUUCUCCAGAACCACAGAAAAAGGGAGACACUAAAGCUGACAGAGAGUUCAACAGGAUUUUCAGAGAGUCAGUAAAAGUCUUCACAAAAACAGGCCAGUAAAAAUGGACCUGUACGAGGCAGCUGGUGAGAAGAACCAGUUAGAUAUAGAGGGAUUAGGGGUCAGUGGGGUCUGAUGGUUCAGGUGUAGAGGCUCUUACAGAGCCUGGAUGGUUUCUCCAGACUCCAGAGAGAUCAAGUUCUUCUAACAGUCAUCUAAAAUCUGUGAAAUCCUGUGAUGAUCCACACUGUGGUUUUAUUUUGAAUGGGACAGUAUUACAGAAUUUUAAAACCCACUGGCAGGAUGACAGAAAUGAUCAGAAUGAUGGCGGAUAAAAGCUCUGGAUGUUUGUUUGAAUGAACCGCCUGGAUCAACCGCUGGGGUGAACUCACAUUGUCUCUCCUCUUUGUAUCCUCAUGUGGGAAAUUUUAAAAUAUAUUAGAGCAGAACAAAGACAGGCCCUUUUCCCACACUUGGAACAGCGAUGUAAUUUCUUUCAGGUAUGCAGAUCGAUGACUUCAGCUUUAACCAAGGUGUUUUGUUUCCUUCUUUCCUCUCAGCUUUCACUCUGGAGCUUCAUCUUCCCGGCAGCAGAUCAGAAAGAUCCAGUUUGGUCUAGUCCUUAACAAUCUUCUCCAUCUGAUCCACUUCCUGUCUCUCUGCACUCCUCAGUUUUAUUUUGAAGGAGCCUUAAAGCCAACCUCCAACACUUCACUGUCUUUAGAGUCAAACGCUGCAGCUGUACGGUUUCUCUCCUCUGUGGAAUGUCAUGUGAAGUGUCAGACCAGAUUCUUUACUGAAUCUUACACUGCACUCAGAGCAGCUGAAGGGUUUCUCCGUCUUGUGAACUAACAUGUGUCUGGUCAGAUGCCAUUUUCUAUUAAAUCUUUUACUGCAAACGGAGCAGCUGAAGGGUUUCUCUCCUCUGUACAAAAGCAUGUGUCUGGUCAGACUUCCUUUUCGAUUAAAUCUUUUCCCACACUCUGAGCAGCUGAAGGGUUUCUCUCCUGUGUGAAUUGUCAUAUGGAUGGAGAGAUUCUGUUUGUUUUUGAAGGUUUUCCCACAGUCAGAGCAGCUGUGAGGUUUCUCUCCUCUGAUCGGAUCUCGACGGUCCCCUACUGGGCGAAUGUCUGAUUGCAGGUCUGUGGUCUCCUUCCAAAAAUCGCUGUCAACGCUGUCCUCAGUUUCAGAAGAGUCUUGGGUCUUGAUCUCAGUCUGUGGUCCUGGAUCUGAGUCCCUGCCUGGUUCUCGUCCUCCACAGUCCUCUCCAUCAGCUCCUGGUUCCAUCUGUGAGGACUGAGGUUCCUCUCUAGAGUCUUCCCUCUUCACAGAGACAGGAGAGAAUGUGAACUUGGUGAUAUCAGCUCGAUUUACCCAGAAUUCUUCCUGUUCCUGUUUUGUAAUCAAUGGUUCUGGGUCGUCCUGGUCUGUCAUGUGGUCGCAUAGACCACCUGUUACCUGGUCUUGAUACGGUGAGCCAGUCAGCAACUCCUCCUCCUCUUCUUCUGUCUGAUUGUUUCUGAGGAGGUGUGUGUAGUCAAAGGUUUCUUCAGACUCAGAUAUCAGAACGUGUUUCCCAUUUGAGACGAAUGUUGCAGGACUCUGGUGAACUUCGUGAACCCCCCAGCCUUCCUCACUGUCCUCAGUCUCAGGUUCAGAAGAGUCUUCAAGCUUGACCUCAAUCUCUGCGUGGGAAUAUAAUCCUGGAUCUUGGUUUCUGGCUGGUUCUGGUCCCCUGCAGCCCUCUCUACCUUGAACAAGUUUGCGUGGUUUUGACUGGGACUGUCCUGAUACUCUUUUGUCACCUGCAGUGCAGCUGUACGGUUUCUCUCCUCUGUGAAAUAUCAUGUGAAGCGUGAGCCCAGACUCUGUGUUGAACCUCAGACUACACUCAGAGCAGCUGAAGGGUUUCUCUGCCCUGUGAACCAGCAUGUGUCUGGUCAGGUGCCAUUUUCGGUUGAAUCUUCGGCCACAAACGGAGCAGCUGAAGGGUUUCUCCCCACUGUGAACCAGCAUAUGCCUGGCCAGACUUCCUUUUUGGUUAAAACUUUUACCACAUUCAUAGCAGCUGUAGGGUUUCUCCUCAGUGUGGGAUCUUCCAUAUACAGUCAGAUUUGCGUUUGUUGAAAGUCUCUUGCCACAGUCGCAGCAGCUGUGCGGUUUCUCUCCUGUGUGAGCCUGCAUGUGUGCGUCCAGAUGUCCUUGGUACUUAUAUCUGCUGCCACAUUCAGGGCAGCUGAAGGAUUUUCCUCCCGUGUGGAUGAUCAUGUGUGUGUCAAGGUUCGACUCUUGGUCAAAGUCUUUGCCACACACGCUGCAUCUGAAGGGUUUCUCUCCCGUGUGAACUCUUGGAGGUGUGGUCAGACUCGACUUCUCUUCAAGUGUUUGACCUGGUUCAGAAUCCUGAUCCAACACCGGUCUCAUGACUGACUGAUGUUCUCUGAUCUCACAGCAAACAUGUCUGACUUUGGUCUUUGGUCCUCCACAGUCCUCUCCAUCAGCUCCUGGUUCCAUCUGGUCCCUUGGUCUCUGAUGAAGCUGUGAGGACUGAGGUUCCUCUUCAUCGUCUUCACUCUUCACACAGACAGGAGUGAAGGAGAACUUGCUGGUAUCAGCCUCCUCCAGUCCUUGAAGCUGCUCUCCCUCCUGACUGCUCCACACUUCCUCCUCUUCCUCUUUAAUGUGGGGGGGUUCUGGUUCUGCUGGGUCCUGCUGGUCCAGACUCGAGCUCCACUCCUGUUGCUCAGGAGGUUCUUCUUUAACCCCAGACAGCUGCUGAACGUCUGGAGGAGAGACAGUGACAAAACAGACAAGCAAACUCUCAGAGAUGGAGGAGAAGAUGCUGAAGAUCAACCUCAGAAGGACAGCAGUAUGAUGUCUCAAUAGUGGAAACCACCGCAUGGACUCAGAGUCACUUCAUAACCCAUCGCCUGUGAACACUAAUUGAUCUAAAUCUGAGAGUCUCUGUUCUAAAACUGAAUGACUUUUUUGGUUUAUCAGUAAAUAUAUAGUCAUGGAUUUUCUUUUUAGGGAUCAAUAAAGUUCUUUUUGUUUUUUAUUUUUUAUUUAUUUGUUUGAACAUUAGCACAUUAAUACACGUCAGCAAAAUCAUCAAUGUAGAUAUGUUGAGUCAGCAGAAAUAGAGUUAGCAGAGUCAGCAUAAAUGUUCAUUUUAAUCUGCUGUCCUUUUAAGGCAGAGGUUUCAAACAGAGUAUAUACUACAACAGUGGUUCUCAACUGUUGGGUCCCAAAAGUGGGUUGCGGACAGCUGGUUAAAAAAGUAAAUAUUUCAUGCGCAUCUGAUGUUUGACAUGUCUUUUAUUUUGAAAAUUGGCUUAUUUUGAAAGGCACGCGUUAUGUCGUGGUCUUCCUCGGUUUCUUAGGCUACAUUCACACUGCAUGUUAUGAUGCACAAUUUUUUCUUUGUUUUUUUUUUUGCUUAAUUUUUGUUAAAUAUGUUAGAUCUUGUUGUGCGGUCGUUCACAUUACAACAACAAAUGUGGCAUCUAAUGUGAACAGAGUGUGUCGUCCGUGAAGUGACCCACAUGUGCUCAAAGUACAAAUUGCUUUCCGCGCCUGUUUGUGUUGUUGAACAAUGGUGACGUUUGUCGCAUAUUGAUGAAGUAUAGAUCGGAUGAACACGACCUGAGCGUCCACACUGCAGUCACAUCGGAUACAUAUCUGAUUUUUAUUCACAUACAGAGGAGGCCUGGGUCGGAUUUGAAAAAUUCAUAAUUGCACUGUUCACACUUAGAUGAAAAAAUCAGAUAUGUGUCAUAUAUGGUUAAAAAAUAGGAAUUGACCUGCAGUGUGAACAUAGCCGUAGUAAUGUGGCCUGAAUGCAGUAAAAAUACAUGCUUUUUUUAUAGUCUCAAUUUUGUGCAGUUUGACAUUUUCUGUAUAAGCAACGUCAGUAGUUGUCAUCCUCAGUUCAUGUGCUCUGAAAUGCACUUUGCUCAAUAAAACAAGUGUUUAUGUCAAAGAUUUGAGUCUUUACAGGUUUUUUUAUAUAAAAAAAUAAUUUUCUUGGUUUGAAUUUUAUAAAAGUGGGUCGCGACUGAAGGACCAUGGGAAAAUGUGGGUCCCAGAGUGAGACCACUUGAGAACCACUGUAAUUACAUUAUAUACACUAUGACUAACAGUAUACUGUAAUAAUAAUAAUAACUUUAUUUUUAUAGCACUUAUGCUAUAAUGUCAUCCCUGAAGUCAGCAGCAGGUCUGAGGACCACAGGAACCUUAACUCUCUAAGACCUGAACCAUCAGAAAGUCCCCCUAAAGAUCCUGAACC